ACUCAUCUCUACCAGCUGCUGCCUUGUUAAAGCCUAAGUGGUAGCAGCAAGUUGCCUACGGCGAGCGAGCCCGUGUUUGCAGUUCGGUGGAUCAGUGCGAUCUGAGCGUUAAGACAAGUAGCCAUGGAGAACUCUGAAAAUUCAGUGGAUUCAAAAUCCAUUAAAACAUUUGAAACAAAGAUCAUCCAUGGCAGCAAAUCAAUGGACUCUGGCAUAUCCUUGGAUAAUAGUUACAAAAUGGAUUAUCCUGAAAUGGGUGUAUGUAUAAUAAUUAAUAAUAAGAACUUUGAUAAAAGCACAGGAAUGUCACCUCGGUCUGGUACAGAUGUAGACGCAGCAAACCUCAGAGAAACAUUCCUGAACUUAAAAUACGAAGUCAGGAAUAAAAAUGACCUUACACGUGAAGAAAUUGUAGAAUUACUGUACAAUGUUUCUAAAGAAGAUCAUAGCAAAAGGAGCAGCUUUAUUUGUGUAAUUCUGAGCCAUGGUGAGGAAGGAAUAAUUUUUGGAACAAAUGGACCUGUUGAACUGAAAAAAUUAACAAGUUUCUUCCGAGGAGAUUAUUGCAGAACUCUAGCUGGGAAACCUAAGCUUUUCAUCUUUCAGGCCUGCCGGGGCACAGAACUAGACUGUGGCAUUGAGACAGAUAGUGGUACUGAUGAUGACAUGCCAUGCCAGAAAAUACCAGUAGAGGCUGACUUCCUGUAUGCAUAUUCCACAGCACCUGGUUACUAUUCCUGGCGAAAUUCAAAGGAUGGAUCCUGGUUCAUCCAGUCCCUUUGUGCCAUGCUGAAAUGCUACGCGAGCAAGCUUGAACUGAUGCACAUUCUUACGCGGGUUAACUGGAAGGUAGCGAGAGAAUAUGAGUCCUUUUCCUUGGAUUCCAUGUUUCAUGCAAAGAAACAGAUUCCAUGCAUUGUAUCCAUGCUCACAAAAGACCUGUAUUUCCAUCACUGAAGAGAUGCUGAUUCUCUUUUUUUUUCUUUUUUAGUUUCUAUGCCAAAUGAGAAGACAGUAGAUAAUACUUUACUUUCCUCCCAUUUAAAUCUCAUGUGAUACUCUAGGUGAUACUUGUACCAAACCACUUCCCAGAACCACAGUCACACUACCUCAAACUCAAUCACAGGUAGUUGAAACUGAAUGUGAAUAGGAAUAAAUAAAUACAGAGCAUGGUACCAUUAUUAUGAAAGGCAACGAUUCAACUUCUGUCUUUGAUAAUUAGCAAGAUUUGAGGGUCCUGUGCUAUGAAUUAUCAAGGAAUUAUAAGGAAGUUAAGACUUCCAUGAAUUUCAUGAUCCUCUCUCCCUACAUUACAACUGGGCAGUCCUAGCUUUUGUCAUACUAUAGAUAUGGAGAUGUGGAGUCAUGAGUCUCAGCACUCUGGGAUCCAGGAACUUGGUCAAACUCUUGAACUUUCCUUUUCAAACUGAUUUAUGAAAAUGAAUUGAAUGGACUGCAUUUUUAGACUGUGUUACCAUAACUCAUGGUUUUGUAAUGUUGUUCCUGAGCAUGUUGUUGUGAAAAAAAAUGUUUACUAUUGAAAAAAGAAGCUAAAUAUUUAUUUGAGAGAAAAUACGAGUAAACCAAGUUGAUUCUUUAAAGGCUAAUGUGUAACAGUAAGAGAGAAACCUAACUAUAAGGUGCUAAGGUGAUCUACCAGCAUGUUUAUUCUCACUGUCUUUAUACAAAUCAGGUGAGAUGUACAGACCAGCCAAGUUUUUUUAAAAAA